UUGUCCAUCAGGUUUAUGACCUCAUUGAAGCCGCGGAAUCUCGCGAAGGCUCGCGAGAGGGGGCCCGGGGAAUUCUGGGAAAGCUCCCUGUGCAUAACGCAGUCUGGAACAAAGCGUCGAGCAGGGACGAGGCCCCUGCGAGGAGGAGUGGCAGCAACAACGAUCAGGCGAGGAGCAGCAGCAGGGAGCUUUAGAGUGGCGCGGGCGGACCCCCCAGGCGCAACAACGGAAGGACCGAGAGGAGCGGGGGGCGCUUCAUCUCAGUGCGGCAGCAGGGACGGCUCAGCGGCCAACGUCUCCCCGUGCGUGCACCGAUGGGUUCCCCCAAGCAGUGUCAGGCGAGAUGCCCCCCUCAGCCCCGCUGACAAGAAUGACGCCAUCUUUCGCAAGGUGCGUGCCAUCCUCAACAAGCUCACGCCCGAAAAGUUCCACAAGCUGAGGAAGGAGUUGCUCGUCGUCGGCCUCGACUCCACCCAGAUCCUCAAGGGAGUCAUACUGCUGAUCUUCGACAAGGCCUUGGAUGAACCCAAGUACAGUUGCAUGUACGCUUCCCUCUGCCGGGAACUGUGCGAAGAGUCACCCAACUUCGAGCCUCCACCGUCGAGCAGCAGCGGGACCAACGGGGGUGCGCCCCAGACCACCUUCCGGCGCCUGCUGCUGACCAAGUGCCAGGAUGAGUUUGAGAACCGGCGGCGUGCCAGCGAGGCCUACGAGAAGCGCCAGGGGCGGCUGUCCCCGGAGGAGCAGGAGCAGCGCCUGGUGGCCAAGCACAAGAUGCUGGGCAACAUCAAGUUCAUCGGGGAGCUGGGCAAGCAGGGCUUGCUCCAGGAGUCCAUUCUGCACCAGUGCGUGCAGCAGCUGCUCCUCGGGUCAGGCCGCUGGCAGCAGCAGGACCUGGAGUGCCUCUGCCAGAUCCUGGUCACUGUGGGCCGCCGGCUGGACACUGCACGGGCCCGGCCCCUCAUGGACCAGUACUUCGAGCGCAUGCGGACCCUGUCGCAGGCCCCGGAGCUGCCGUCGCGCAUCCGCUUCCUCCUGCGGGACAUCCUGGAGCUGCGGGCAAACCGCUGGGUGCCCCGGCGGGGCAACGGGGAGCACGGGCCGCGCACCCUGCAGCAGAUCCGGGAGGAGGCGUCGCGGGACCUGGGCAUGUACGUGUCCUCCCGGGUGACGGCGCACAAGGGCUCGAUGGGCGGCAUGGACGACGUGUUUGCUCCCUUGCCCCUGGCCAGCCUGGGCACGGGGCCUGGGGUGAUCCCUUCGGGCGGAGACCGCUUCUUCCCCUACUCGGGCCGCGGUGGGAACUCGCGCGCCCCCCUCAACUCCUCCGGCUUCCUCGGAGGCGGCGGCGGUAGUAACUUCUACAACGGCCGCAUCGGCCAGCAACAGCAACAACAGCAGACGCAACAGCAGUUUGGCCGCAACAGCCAGCAGGGGCAGGGAGGCCCCCGUGGCGGGGAGCACCUGCCCCCCCGCUUCCUCAAGAAACAGACGUCGGGCAGCGCGGACGAGAUCUCCCUGCGCCCGGCCCAAAACUCGAUGGUGCUCAAGCCCAAGACCCCACUGAGCUUCUCCAAGGGGGCUCCAACCUCGGGAGUGGGCAACGUGGGAGGGCCGGCUUUGGGUCCCCACCCACUGGCCAAGCAGGCCCUGAAAGAAGCACCGAUAGUGAUCAAGCAAGUGGUGCAAGACAAGAACCGGGCCAACCGCAUAGCCCAGGAGCGGGAGAAGGUGGUGACCCGCGAGGAGGUGCUCUCCCAGGUGGACGAGCUGCUGAACACGCUGCGGGCCGGCGGGGACGGCCAGCAGCCGCCCUCCUCGGCCAACAACCCCGAGGAGGCCGGCAAGGCCUUCGAGGCCCUCAAGAUACCCCGCAAGUUCCUGGCGGACGCACUGGCUCACGUCAUGCUGGCCACCCUGGACAAGCCGGAGGCAGAGCUGCUGCCGCAGCUGGCCCUGGCCUACAAGAAGGACGGGGGCCCCGCCUACCUGGAGGCGCUCCAGGAGGUGUUUGGGCGCAUGGCGGCGCUGGAGGUGGAGAUGCCGCUGGUGAAGAGCAUGGUGGCGGGCCACGUGGCGCGUGGCGUUGCCCGGGGCCUGGUGUCGCUCUCGGAGCUGGCCGGGGCCCUGCCCAACGGCCAGCACUACCCGCUCUUCUUGCUGGUGCUGCAGCAGCUGUCCCGCACCCAGGGCCGCGUCUGGCUCACCCAGGGACUCGCAGCCGCCAAGGUUGACCUGGAGUCCGUGCUGCCGGAGGGCAACCGGGGCCCCGAGCGGCUGGCGGAGGUGCUGGAGGACCGUGGCCUGGGCUUCCUGCUGCCCCGACUGCAGGGGGACAUGUGGCGGCAGCUCAAAGCAGACCCCAGCCCCAACGCCCUGUACCGUUGGCUCAGGGAGUCCCUGGAGCCCCAGCAACAGGCCCAGCCGUCCUUUGUGCACGCCCUGGUCACCUGCCUGCUCAGGCACAUCACCGGGGAGACCACCCUGCCUGGACUGGUUACCAAUUCGGACGCGACCAACAACACCGACAACAGCAACAAUGGGCCCGCGGUGCAGCUCUCGGCCGCCAACCAGGUGCCCGAGCGGGCCCAGCUGGACAAGGAGCGGGAGCUGGCGGGCCGCUUCCAGCCCCUGCUGCGUGCCUUCCUCGGGGAGCGGCCCUCCCUGCAGCUGGCGGCCUUGUACGCCCUGCAGACCUUCUGCCACUCCCUGGGCUUCCCCAAGGGCAUGCUGCUGCGCUGGUUUGUACUGCUCUACGACCUGGAGGUGGUCGAGGAGGAGGCCUUCCUCAAGUGGAAGGAGGACGUAAAUGAUGACUACCCUGCCAAGGGGAAGGCGCUCUUCCAGGUAAACCAGUGGCUGACCUGGCUGGAAGAGGCUGAGGAAGAAGAGGAGGAGGAGGAAGAUUGCUCUGACGAAGGGGACAACUGACGGAUGCGACCAGGCCCAAUAAACGAAACGGGCGCGUCCCGCUCUCCCGCAGCCAGCGCUCUCUCGCGGCGGGGCUGAGAAAAUUCUGAACGCAGCUCUGGUCUCGCUCUCUUUCAAUCUCUAGUUCCGAUCCCUGGAUUGAUUUUUUUUUUUUAUUCCUUCUCCUCCGGGUCCGGUGUUUCUCUUCCUAACACCCUCUUCUCUUUCUCUCUCGGGCAGCGAGGGUCUGCCACUUUUUUAAGGAUAAGGUCGCGGAUCUUUAAAGCCGUGCCUGAGAGCUUUUUUAAACUGGAUUGCGUCGGAUUUUUUUUUUUUUUUAAUGAGCUGAUACGAACUGGAUGGAGAUUUGGCUGGUGGCUUUUCCUGCUUGAGGAAAGCGUCGCCGACCUAAAUAAAUAAAAAUAAAAAGAUUAUAAUAAAACGGCUUUUCUUUUUUUCUACUAA